AUGAGUUGCAUGCCAUGGAAAGGAGACAAGGCCAAAUCUGAAUCCCUGGAGCUUCCCCAGGCAGCACCCCUACAAAUCUACCAUGAGAAACAGCGCAGAGAACUCUGUGCCCUUCACGCCCUCAACAACGUCUUCCAGGACAGCAACGCCUUCACGCGGGAAACGCUGCAGGAGAUUUUUCAGAGGUUGUCUCCAAACACUAUGGUGACGCCCCACAAGAAGAGCAUGCUGGGAAAUGGGAACUAUGAUGUGAAUGUCAUCAUGGCAGCACUUCAAACCAAAGGCUAUGAAGCUGUUUGGUGGGACAAGCGCAGGGACGUGGGUGUCAUUGCUCUCGCUAACGUCAUGGGAUUCAUCAUGAACCUACCCUCCAGCCUGUGCUGGGGUCCCCUCAAGUUGCCUCUUAAAAGGCAGCACUGGAUCUGCGUUCGUGAGGUGGGAGGGGCCUACUACAACCUUGACUCCAAACUCAAGACUCCAGAGUGGAUUGGAGGCGAGAGUGAGCUCAGGAAAUUUCUAAAAUACCAUUUGCGAGGAAAAAACUGUGAACUCCUACUGGUGGUACCAGAAGAAGUGGAAGCCCAUCAAAGCUGGCGAGCAGAUGUGUGACAGUUAUGCUGGACCUGCUCUUCGCCUCAACCUCCAGCCCUCUUUGAUGUGCUGUGGCCUCUACAGUGGGUCUGUCCAGCCACUUCCCUAAACAUCUCAUUGGGUUUCCCCCUCAAAUUUGACAGUGCAAUAGGACAGGUGUGUGGACUGUCACAGCCACCAAGCACUGUCUGUGCCUGGGGGAAGAAGGUAGGAGCUCUGAACAUUUAGGGCAAGCCAUUUAACACCUUUUCUAUUUUAGAGAAGGGAGGUAAGAGGGGUGGGGGGCUUGCUUACUUCCCCCUUUCUAUGAGGACUUGAUACAAGUUCUGCUGGUAGUUGUCACUGAUGCUCCAGGCUCACAGGGAACACACACUUCCUCUUUUUCUCUCCUGUGGCACCAGGGGGUCCAAGGACACAGUACAUGCACAGCCCAGUGACUAGUUCAAAGGACCCAAGCAUAAGCGUCUCAGGAAACUGUCAGGCCCCCAGCGGUGGCACUACAUGCCGUCUGCAAUCCAUAAUGCCACUUCCUACCCCAUUUAAAAUCCUAGCCAGCCUUGGAGUUUUAUAAUGAGAAGUUCUGAUAUUCCAAAGUGGGUAAAUUGCACAGUAUUCCAGCAAGACAAUGGUGAAAGAUGCCUAAUGUUGUGUGGCUGAAGCCACAUUAGGACAGUCAUGGGUAGCUUUUCACUCAAAUUAUGUCCCAACAUUUCACUACAUUGACAUAGGAGGCUCUGGGGCAAAGGACAAUGAAGAGGGACAGUACUCCUAGUUGGCUCAUUUUAACAAAAUCAGAAACACAUCUGCCAUUGACACCAAAUUUCAUAGGGACAGAGUUGGGUGAGGAAACUGCCAUGAAAAUGAGCCUCGCAGUCUGAGAGUGAGAACUGGCAGGCACAUCCUGGGCUCCAGAGUUGCAGGUUAUUAUGCACGAAGCUAGAGGCUCUGAGUUUGGCAUCUUUGUAUAGUUUCCAUUACAAACUGAGGGUUGGCUCACCCCCACCUCAAGUAAUUCUAGACCAUUUUUCUCCUGUAAUUUUAGAAAAUAAGUAAUUACCAUACCACACACCAGUGUGGUUGUGGUGGCCUUCAAGGCAGGUGGGCAGGCAGGUGACCUGGCCAGUCCUUAGGGAGUCCUGGUCUCCGCAGGUCUGAGAGCUGUCCCACUGUCGAUCCUGAGCAAGCUUACUGGGGUGAAGCGGGGGCUGUCUCCCCACUGACUGGAGUGCAUGUUUACACCAGCACUUCUCUGCACAUGCAUCUUCAAUCCAACAAGGCCGUUUUUUAUUCGAGCAGCAGAGGGCCCCAAGUGGCUACUGCAACUCAACCACGGUCAUCUGUACCAUUUUCUACACCGGAUCUGCUUGGCACCAUGGGGAGCUCUGACCCUGCACAAUGACAUUCCAAUCACUACCAGCCAGAAGUUACAGCCGACCUUGCUGAUCAGGCACAAGCAGGACCUUGGGUCCAUUGGCACUGUCGGUGGUAGUAAGCCAUUUCUUGGGAAGAGGAGACUCCUCCCUACAGAUCUGCUUGGGCCUGUGCAAACAGCACUGGAAAGGAGUCCCAUGCACGCGGAAUCCAUGAGCCAAGUGGAAUGUACAAAGACGCUUAAGCAUUUCAGGGCUGGUCUGUUCAUAUCCAAUCUGGUGCUUAGGAACAGGGACCCAUGUUGAUGCCCAAGGGCAAAAAGCCCCAUUCCUUUUAAGGAAGGGGAGCCUGACCUUGAUGCCCAGCAAGGGGCAGCCCUAGGCUUUGUUCUUCUUGCUUUAUUCCCUUUUUUUUUUGUUGGCCUUGUGCUGGGUUUGUUUACAAAGAUGUAUUUUGUUUAACCAAAUAUUAAAAAUGAAAAACUGAA